AUUGCUCUGCCACCGCACUGCCAUUUCGCCUCUUCGUCCUCCUCUCGAAAAGGCAGACGAGGCUUCCAAAUCCUAAAUUGCAUUUUGUCUAACCCCUCCCCUAUUCCGGCUGCUUGCUCAUGCAGCCACCCACGGAUCCGACACAGAAAUGUGUGAAGCGAGGCAGGGAGUGCUGCUGCCAGUGCAGAUUCCAGCUCCUCUCCAGGCGCCCGGUGCCCUGACACGGUGUCGCUCCCGGACACAGCCGAGCUUUGGCUCAUCAUGAACACGUAAGCGUUUCUCUCCCGCUCCUUCUCAUCACCCCGCACUCCAAGAAGGAGAAAGGAGAGGUGCGGGGCUGCGGAUGAGCGCGUCUUUGUGCCCCUGCUGUCCGUGCGGGCUGACAGAGGCGGCAUUGUUCGCAGGCUGUGCCCGCCUGGCAGCCGCGGGAGCUGGGAUCUGCGCCCUGCAUGCGGAAUCGGUGAGCGGCCGAGGAGCCCCAGAGCUGCAUUAACCCCGCAGCGCCUUUGGAACAGCCUCUCCCUCCUGCUGUCGGCUGCACAGUGCAGACUGGGUCUAGGAUGAGGAGCCCUUGUUAAUCAAAGCCCAGAAGCUUUUGCUUCCUCACUGGGAGAGCCUGUAUGAAGACCUGUGUGGGUGAUGUUAUAAGAAACAGAAGGUGCAUGCAGCACAGAUGUCAGUCUUCUACAAGGAGUAACUUCUUCAACCCCAAGUGAUACCAGCUCCUGCUAGUACCAUGGGGCUAGAGGGUGUUUUUUUAGGCAGUGGACAGAUCCACGUGAUCCUGUGGGGAAGUUUGGCAGCCAUGACGACACUCUUGUUCCUCACCUUCCUCAUCUUCCUUUGCUCCAGCUGCAAUGGGGAAAAGAAGGCCAAAAAUCAGAAUGGAGAUCAUGAAAACCUGAUGAAUGUGCCUUCCGAGAAGGAGGUUUUCAGCCAUUCCAUCACAAGUUCAGCUACAGAGCCUCCCCCAAACAGUGAACAGAACGGAGCACUCAGCAACGGUGAGGUUCUUUCUGAGGACAGCACAGCUGCCUGUAUCCAGCCUUAUGAAGAAGUACAGACAUCUGAUCUACUAGAUCAACAGGAUAGUCUUGGAAAGUCUAUAAAAUGUCACCAGAGCCGGGAACUACCCAGUAUUCCCCCUAACAACCCCAUGGAAACUAUCAUCUCAUCUAGAAAUGCAGAAAAUGAUCAAGGUCUUGGAAUGGAAGGGCCUUAUGAAGUCUUGAAAGACAGCUCCUCUCAGGAGAACAUAGUUGAAGACUGCUUGUAUGAAACUGUGAAGGAAAUUAAAGAUGUUGGAGCAGUAGUCAGCAUGGAAGGGAACUGUAACAGCAAAUCAAAGACUUCACUGACAGUUUCUGAAGGUCAGAAUCAGAUUCCUGAGUGCAGAAUUGAGUCAGCAGAAUAUGCAUCUGUUGACCGAAAUAAGAAGAGUCGCCAAAGUGCAAAUUCAGAAAGUCCCCUUGACAACAUACCAGAUGUAGAAGAUGAGCUUCCCCCUCCAGUACCCAUGAAACUUCUUGAUGAAAAUGAGAAUGUGCAAGAAAAAGAUGUGGAAGAAGAAGUGACAGAAGGAGCAAGUAAACCAGAAAAGAGGCUUAGUUCAGUGUCUUACAAGUCUCGAGAGGAAGAUCCAUCUCUUACAGAAGAUGAGAUCUCAGCCAUGUACUCAUCGGUGAGUAAGCCGGGACAGGCCAUCAAGGCACUGGACUCUCCUUACACCUGCAUUCAAGAAAUCACAUCUCAGAGGUCGCCGUCUAUUUGCAGUGGCCUCUAUGCAAGUGUGAAAGACUUUGAAAACACCCUAAAUUCUACCACUGUGCCUCAGUCAGCGGACAGACCAAAUGGGGAGCUGGAGCCGGACUAUGAAGCUAUCCAGUCAGUGAGCCAAGAAGAAGACAGGACCUUGUCUGUGCCUAACACAAACCACACUGCUCUUUCAGGAGAGAAUGACUAUGAGAGCAUAGGGGACUUGCAGCACCACAGGGAAUUCACCAGACUUUAACUACUCCGGCAGCAGAUUUCCCCACUGUUAUUUUCAAAGGACAAGUGAAACAUGGAGAGGGAAGUGCUUUUCCUUUUGAGGAACAAAGCUAAGUUUGGAACACAAGUUGUGAAGAAGCAAUGUAUAUUUCAGCCAGGGUGUGAUAGCCGCUGGUUUUUCUGAGUGGUGGUUCAAGGCUCAUGGGAAAGGGUACGUCAGGUCAGAAAGAUGACCAGGACAAUGUAAAGGUUUCUUUAUCAUUACUAGCUCCAAGGCAAAUGUAAUUUGGGGAGUACCAUGCUUGUCGUCCUGAAAGGAUUAUGUACCAAAAAGACUACCUUUACACAAAACUAGCUUCUCAUUUUAAGAGAUUAUUUUAUGUCAUUUUCUUCAAAGUGUUUUUCAAGCAUAAUUUUUCAUUCAAGUUUCGGCAUCCACAAUGUUGAGCAAACCACGGAUAAUUGUACCUCAACUCAGACUUUCUUUGCAGGGCUGGGGAAGAUGCACUCACUUCUGAGUCUUUUGGGGAGCUCUGUUCACUUUCACUGCAACUAAAGUGCAAACAGCAUUAGUUCACAAGGGGCCGACUUACAAAUGUACUUGAAUUAAUUCUGCUGGCUUUUUCUUUUUUCUUUUUUUUUUUAAUGUCAAGGGCUGUAGAAUGUGACUUGCAGUAUUUGAGAUGUGUACUGGUAUUUGUAGGGGUUUUGUUUGAUUAUUUGUGAAAUAUCCCUUUAAAAUGGCAGUGGUCACCCUUAGCAUUCUUGCACUGUUUCCCUCAAACGGACACAAACAACUACACAUACACACCCCAGACCAUUGUCAUGUUGCAAAAAGCUGUGCAAAUGAAUGCAUUGGCAUAAUGUGUAGACUAACCUUAGUAGUGUUGAGUAAUUUUUUUGCAGAAUUUUGCCCUUUUUAAAGACUUAAAUAUUUUAAUAUGUUUGUCUAGUUUCUUAUAUAGGAAAAAUUAUGUACUGUGUUGAGUGUAUAAUAUUUUUAUUUUUUACAACAUAUUUUUCAUCUUCAGAGUUUUUGUAGAUUAACUUACUGGGGUUUGUAACAGGAGGAAUCCCAUUCUUUAUUUGGGCUUUAUUUGGUUUUGUUUUUAAGAUUUUUUUCCUAUUUCAAAAGUAGAUAAAUGAAAAUUGCUUUGGGGUUGUUUUGUUGGCUUUUUCUGUCUCCUUGAGCAGGGAUAUGGAACAUGCCUUGCAGUUUUUAAGCUAAAAUCAUAGAGUCUGUGUUAAAGAACACUGCCAAAGGGCAAAAAAGAGGCAAAAGAGACAGUGGGAUUUAGUUUGGUAUAGCCACUGGUCUUCUUUGUUCUUCUGCUAAAAGGCAGAACAAGGGGCAACCAAGACCUUCUUGGGCCUCUGACAAGCAGUUUGAAAGCCACUGGCUUUUCAAAAAUGCUGAGUUAUUCUGUUACUGUGAAAAGCAAAGUACAGUGUUUAGAUGAAAUACGCAGGUACUGGAUUGGUACUUUUUUUCUUCAAGAAUAAUACAAUAAAUAGUACAAUGGUACAAGAAUAGUCCAGCAGGAAAGAACUAGCAUUGUGUGACAUGCAUGUGCACAUAUCCCCAUGUAUAUAAGCAUACACUUGUAAUUUGGACACAAGUAUAAGUUAUAGUCCAGACUUGGAAACAUUCACAUACGUAAUAUCUGGCAUGCGCUUGAAAAGCAGUUUAUUUUUAAUUCAAAAUAAACAGUACAUAAACUGAGGUUGACUUAUUCUGUAGUAAACAAAACAGGUUUACUUUCAGCUCAGUUGGUACUGGGUUUUGAAGGUUGAGCCCUUCUCGGAUCCUUGGUCAGUGCUCAACCUGACAUGGUACUAUAAAGAGCAAACAUAGAUCUGGUUACACACAUUUAUUAGAAAUAGCUUCAUAACUGAAAGAAGCGUGCUGAUUUACAGGCUUUGCCUGUAAGUAGUACAGCUCUGAGAAGCAGUGCAGUUGUGCAGUCAGCCUCUGCCCACAGGGUGGUUCAAACUUCAUGGAUCCUGGCCUUGUGUGACAGUUCAGCACACUCGAUCUACAACUCUCUUCCUUGGAGGAGAAGCAGUUCAGACCACUCUAUGUCCAUCCUGAUCUUGACCAUGCUGCCAUGUUUUGACAGCUGCAGAAAACCCUUUGCUUCCACUUCAGUGCUUUUUAAGGAUGACUGUGGUCUUGCUUUCUGGAGUUUUUCCCUUUGUAAAAGUUCUUGUGUCUGUUUCCUUGAAUGUGAAUUCAUGAAGUUUACCUUUGAAUGUUCUCUCGUACUUCACACUGUUUCAGGCCAAAGAUAAAAUGCACCAUGUUUCAGAAGAUUUGUUGUGCUAAGUCUGGAGAAUGUCUUUAA